GGAAGAUCUCCCUUGAUCGAAAUGCAGCGCUCGACUGAGGAGAGAAGGCAGCUGAACACAAUCCUGGCCGUACGUUGUGGGGACUGACGCUGCGGUCAAGAUCGGGCCGAUUCCUUCCCUCACCCAAGCCCACGCAUGACGCUUUUCUCGAAGCCUCCGAUAACCAGUGCCCUGCUCAAGGGAGAGAAAAAUCUAGCGCGAGGAAAAGGUUAGAAAGAGAAUGGCGAAGCUUCUUUGCCAGAGAAUAGGCUGCAACGCCAUGUUCACGGAGGACGAUAAUCCCGAAGGUUCCUGCACAUAUCAUGAUUCGCCUAUAUUUCACGAUGGGAUGAAGGAGUGGAGUUGUUGUAAGAGAAGAAGCCAUGAUUUCACUCUAUUUCUAGAAAUUCCGGGAUGUAAGACAGGUAAGCACACAACUGAGAAGCCAGUGUCAACAAAACCGGCUGUUGCUUCAAAGAAACCAAUUUCUGCUCCAGCUCCUGCAAUUGAUGCCUUGUCAAAACAAGCUUGCUCUAGGUGCCGGCAGGGAUUCUUCUGCUCAGAACAUGGUUCUCAAAAGCAAGCAAUGAAUACGAAAACAUCAAAUGCAGUGGCAGCUGCUCCGGCUGAAAGCAAUGGGAAUGUUCAGGCAGGCUCUUCCGCUCCAGCAAAGAAGAAAGUGGAUAUAAACCAGCCGCAGACCUGUAGGAAUAAGGGCUGUGGUAAAACUUUCAAAGAAAAAGAUAAUCAUGAAACUGCAUGCAAUUUCCAUCCUGGCCCAGCAGUUUUCCACGACCGGAUGAGAGGGUGGAAAUGCUGUGACAUGCAUGUUAAGGAAUUCGAUGAGUUCAUGAGCAUACCUCCGUGCACUCAGGGAUGGCAUAAUGCAAAUCCAGUGUCAUAAGGAGCAGGCACAAUUGAAGGCAAGUUGUUCCCGUUCUUUAUAUUGUUGUGUGUGGAUAGACCCGACUUGCUUCGUGUAUUUCUUUCGUGGCAUACUAUUUUAUGUUUGACAAUCUAACCGAGUUGCAAGGUAUAAACCAAGAGACUACCAUUACCAUCUUUGUGGUGUGGUGUUUUUAAGUUUUUAUUAAACAUUUUGAGACGACUCAUCUAUGUUUUCUUCAUGGUCUUUAGAAUGUUAUUACGGGUUCAAGUUUAAAAA